CUCGUUUAGUCUUCUGUAAACCAUCGCACCAUUUGGACCGUGACACCCGGCCCAACUUUAUUGGAGACAACGUCAUUUGACACAGUGAUCUUUUUGAAAAACGUUAUGUGAAUCCUUUAUUCCGAAAAGGGGAUCGUUUUUUUUUUAGUUUCCACACAACGGUCAUCGGACCUAAGGCCUAGUUUGACGUGUGACAUUUGUUUACAAGGAGUGUGUGCGACUUAAAGAUACAACGGAUUAAGGAUAAACGGAGAUUAAGGCAAAUUUUACAAAGGAGGAGUAGGUGACGAGCACGAGAGGCCGAGCGGGUGCUGGUGAACCGCCGGCAUGAAAUCGAAUAACCAAAAUAACAACAACCCUUUGACGGCGAACAACAACCACCUCGCCGAUCAGAACAAGCUGGUCGAAGAAGAUGACGAUGAUAUGUUCGGCAAGAAUUACGGUUCGAGCUUCUGCCGUCCGAACCGGCCAUCUAUGAUCUCAGCCAAAUACAGGCAAAAGGAGGAGAGGAGAAAAGUCUUGAAAAUAUCGAUCAACAAACUGAAGAAGAUCGAGGAUCCGGAGAGCUCUUUGAGGCGGUCCGUGCUCAUAAAUAACACUAUGAAGAGGUUGCAGAAGGAGGCCCGGGAGGAAAAGCUGCAGAAGCAGCAGUCGGUCGGGUUCAGGUGCUUCGCCUCAGAUUUCCUCAAGGAUGAUGUUGAACCUCUGAGGUCGUCUGAACAGUUGGCAGACAUAACGAAUCUUCCGGCGAAGAAGGAAGAUGAACCUGCGAGGAGGGAGGCGAGGAAGAGGUCAAUAGAAGAAGUGGACGAGAGCGACGUUCAUGCCGUUCUUUCCCAAUUUUACAUGCCCCUGACACCAAGGAUGCUUACAUCCAUAGAUGACGAUGACGAUGAGAUCAACGUCGUCGAUUUGGAUUCGUCGUCAGAUCCAAAACGGCCCAGGUUGGAAGAGCAGUCAGCCGCAGAAAGGCUGAAAGACCUGUCCAACAGGGAAGAACCGCCGAGGAUCAGGACCGAGUCCUCGUUUUCCUGCGGUCAUUCGUCUAUGUUCAACGAACUACAGUCAGUCGUCUAUCACAGCCUUAUCGCAUCGUUGGAAACGUAGCAUUCCCCAUUAUCGAUCCAAAAACAGAGUCAUUAGUUCUUUAAAACAAAAAAAUGUAAAUAUAUAAAUUAAAAAAAAAACCUUGUAAAGCAUUUGAAUUCUGAGUGAUACGCUAAAAGGAGUGAUUUCACGACCACAGCAUAAACUGUUGUAUAGAAUAAUUUUGCUGUGAUUUGUCUAAAGUGACUUAAUAUAUAUGUGCAAUCCGUCAGAAUUCAGGACUUAAUUCGUAGCGGAAGUGUGUACCCCCACCCCUUUAGGCAACCCCUCCGCAGACGAAUAAAUGGUUAUUUAGGAUAAAUACAAAAAUAAAGAUUCUUUGUAAAAAGAGUAAAGUGCCCAGGGUGUGAGUGUUUUAGAUGAUAGGUAUUAUUAUUUUAAUAAUUCAAUACAGAUAUAUUUUAUACAAACUCCAAAAUCGAGGACACUUUCUUCCCAAUAAGUAGAGUCCAAGAAUUUUUAUGUAAAAACUAAUUAAUAUUUUAAAAUCUUUUUAAAAUGACGGAGGGAAAGCUGUCCUAAAAAAUUAAAUAGUUUGGAGGAGUUGAGAGUAUGCCUUGUUCACGCUUGCGUAAUAUCACUUCUGACUCCUUAUUUUGUGAUAUUUAGAUUAUUUCGUGGAGGGGAGGAAAUAAGACUGGGAUCAAAGUGAAAAUGUCGCAUUGCGUGAACAGCCCUGAAUUUUUAAACCAUCAUAAUACAAAUUAAAAUUGAACUUAAUUAAAACACAAUUUUAUAUGAAAUGGAUUAUUAAAUUAGAAAAAAACCUGGUCUACCGACUCCUCCAAACGCAUCAUCAUUUUAUUUGCCGAGGAUAUACAUACUGAUUUGAUGUCUCUAAACAACUUGUAUCGCUUUUUUUAAAAUAAAGAAAAUUAAAACAAAAAAAAGGUACCUAAUAGAGGUCCAAGCAAUUUUUCACUUUAAAAAGAUAAAAUUGUUUUAAUAACUUUUUUAAAAAAUUUACAAUCUUGUUGUUAGAUGGUUAGCAGAUGUACGCUUUUUGUGUGGAAUUUGACUCUUUGCUCCACUA